UGCUCCAGAAUUGUUAUUACACAGGGGAUGCAAGCAGUUGCUAAAACAGACUUGUCAGGAGAGGGGAGAGUUCCUCUUUAAAUAGCCGAUUGUCUCGUAACUUCCCUAGGCAAAAGGUCAGAUAAAAUCUAAAUAUGUGAAUCCUGCCUUAAGACAUGAACAUGACAAAGGGCCCUGGAGAGCGCAGCUCUGGGCUCAGCUGGGCUGUCACCAGGAAGCCACCUAGCAGCCAGCACCUGGUACAUGACAUUCCUGAAUGGAAACAGCUUGUCUUAUGUGAAGAUUCGUUUCCAGCAGCCAAGCGGUUAAUAAGGGUGUAACAAAGAUCUUGCCUUUAACUAAAAGAUUAACAAAAGUUGCCAGGAUCAUCGAGAGAAGACAUGAUCCUCUCUUCACCCCAAAUCUUCAAGGGCAGGAUCAGUCUAGCGCUGCAGGCAUGCAGGGUAAGGAUCCCGCAGGACAGAGGCUUACAUGGGGCUGCAGCAGCUGGAACAGCAGAGGGGGACAAGAAGAUGAAGACCUUUGAUGAUUUGCCUGGACCUUCCCUGCUCACCAACCUCUACUGGUUCUUCAUCAGGGGCUACCUGCUCCACACUCAUGAUCUACAGAUAAAGUACAAACACUAUGGACCAAUGUUCAGAUCUGUCAUCGGCCGUUAUAAGAUGGUGACUAUAACGGACCCAGAGAUUUUGGAGGUUCUGCUGAGACAAGAGGGGAAAUAUCCCAUGAGGAGCGAGAUGGACGUUUGGAAGGAUCAUCGUAACCUGAGGAGUUUGUCCUAUGGCCCCUUAACAGAGGAAGGACACAGGUGGCACAACCUUCGGACAGCCCUCAAUAAAAAGAUGUUAAAGCCAUCAGAAGCCAAAAUGUAUGCCGGGAGUAUCAACGAAGUGGUGUCUGACCUGAUAGAGAGAAUUAGGGAUCUGCGCAGAGAGAGCCCAUCUGGAAACACAGUCAAUGACAUUGCAAAUGUUUUCUACAGAUUUGCUUUUGAAGGGGUGUCUUAUAUUGUGUUUGAGACUCGGAUUGGCUGCAUGAGCAAACGGAUUCCUCUCGAGACCCAGAAAUUUAUCGACUCCAUUGGCUUUAUGCUCAAGAAUUCGGUAUAUGUCACCUACCUGCCGCCAUGGACAAGGAAGGUUCUGCCAUACUGGAAGCGCUACAUAGAGGGCUGGGACAAUAUCUUUGAUUUUGGUAAGAAGCUGGUGGAUAAGAAGAUGAGUGAGAUCCAGGCGCGGCUGGAGAGCGGGGCGCAGGUGCAGGGCGAAUACCUGACCCACCUGUUAUCUAGCGGUAACCUCAGUCUCCCGGAGGUGUACGGCAGCGUGUGCGAGCUGCUGCUGGCCGGCGUCGACACCACGUCCAACACUUUAUCCUGGUCUCUGUAUCACCUGGCACAAGACCCAGAGCUCCAACAGUUCCUGCACGAGGAGGUAGCGCAGGCGGUUCCAGGGGGUCGUAUCCCCACAGCAGACGAUAUCCCCCAGAUGCCCUUACUGAGGGCUGUGAUCAAAGAGACCCUGAGGCUGUACCCGGUCGUGCCAGUCAAUGGCAGGAUUAUAACUGAGAAGGAAGUAACAAUUGGAGAUUAUCAAUUUCCCAAAAAUAGGUGCCUGGCAGCGGGACCCCCAGAAAUCGGUUGAGGGUCUAAUGAGGAAAUGUCUGCCCAUAAACUGCGCCUGCUACUCGUGUGAAUGCAAUACCAGACACAGCCUCUAGGCAGGGGUGGCACUGUUUUGACCCCUUAAAUGCAUAAGAUUCAUGGUCGACUUCCUAGUCUCAGCUCAACUAAAGAAGGCAUAACUGCUAGGUCGGUGUGGAUCCGACCACUGGUACUCCCACAAUCAUGAAAAUGGGGGGGUCUUGUGUUCCCCAGUAUGAAUGUACAUUAAUCUCUAGGGGCUGCCAAAAUUAGCACUCGCUAUCUCCAGCCUAUGCUCAACCACUGCGCCAUUCAAACAAAAGACAUGGAAACCUCAUUCUCAUGAGUGGGGGUCCCAGCAGUCAGACUCUCACAGAUCUAACAUUUAUCUCCUGUCCAAUCCAUUACAUAAAUACCCAAUUAAAUGUUAAAAUUGUGCUUCCAUGCAUUUGCCACUAGGGGGAGCUCAUUGCAUAUGGAUUAAUACAGUCAGUAUUGGUAAAAUAUGUAAGUCUUGAGCCCCCUCUAGUGGUGGCUGCAGGUAAAUGCUAUGACUGUGUGACAGUUCAGUACCAGGUCCACUAUAGUAGUUGUGUGGUCUCUCUCUGCGGUAGGUACACCACUGUGGAGUACCAGCCUUUUCAUUAUCUGCAGUUUCUGGAAAAAUGCAGCAAAAAAAAAUAAAAAAUGGUCAUAUCCAGCCACUGACUUGUGUAAUUUCUA